UCCUCUUUCUUGUGUAAUUUUCCUUAUCAAAUUAAAUUUAAGCAAGAAAAGAACAACUAACUAAUUAGACAAAGUAGAAUACAAGACAAAAAAUGGUUCCUAUAAGGUUAAGUUGCUUUAUAUUUAUGCUCAUGUUUACUUUGCUUGAAGCUAGAGACUCCAUUUUUAAGCACCACCCUCUUUAUCAUCAAGCGAUUUUGGAGGCGAAAAUUACAAGAAAUGAAAUUGUAGAAGCUAAAGAGAUUCAUCAAACCAUAGCCACCAAGGAAAUCAAGUCCAUACCUAUUAUUCUAGAGGAAGAAGGCAAUAAAAUGAUGUUAAAUGGAAGGAAAUUGGCUUCAAAAGAUGAGCUCAAGAAAGAGAAGGCGAACACGAAAGAGCAAGCUAAGAUGGCAGUGGAUAGUAGGAGUUCAAAGAUCUCAGGUGCAACAUCUUCUUCAUGGAAAUCAUCAUGUAACAAUAAAGGGAAGAAGAGAAGGAAAAUGGAUGUAAUAUGUAAUCAAAGUGUUAGAAAUAUUCCUAAGAAGAAAGCCAAGUUUCCUGUUGGUUUUGUAGCAUUAAGUGCUGAUUAUCACUUUCCAAAUUCUCAUCCACCUAGGCAUAAUUGAGAUUAGUAUUACUAUCAUUAAGAAGUUAGCAAACUUAUAUUUGCUACUUCAAAUUUUGUCCAAAAAAGAAAAAAAAAAAAUUCAUAGGCUUUGGUAGAAAAAAAUGUUAG